UUCCAGUGUCGGCGGCGUUGGCUUCUACCGACAGAAUCCAACAUGGAGUAACCAGAGAUGGGGCUCGUACGGGGCCAUCCUCACCGACAUCAACGCACGAUUUCAAUUACCGUAUUUCAGCAUGGGGCGCGACGGGAUUAAAUCGGUGGAGGUAUUCCAAAGGGAUUUACACUCUCGUGGAUGCACUCGAAUAAUUGUAGUGAAGCGCUGAAAGACGAAGAAGAGAAGCAAGAAAUAACGCAAACAAACAGAAAAAACACUCGGAAAACUAGGCUGCUACGGGUGUGUGAUCGAGGUGUUGGACGAGAAGGGCAAGACAAAAUGAAGACACCACACAAUGUACCCUCGGGUGGGAUAUUAUUGUAGGUGAAACGAAAAAAAAUGACCGAGGAAACACACCCAGACGAUGACAGCUACAUUGUGCGUGUCAAAGCGGUGGUCAUGACCCGGGACGACUCGAGUGGCGGUUGGCUGGCCCAGGACGGUGGGUGCCUCAGCCGUGUGGGCGUGUGCAAGGUGCUGUCGGCCGAGCUGCUGGGCCGAAGCAGCUUCCUCAUCCACGGCGAGCGCCUCAAAGACAAACAGGUGAUUCUGGAAUGCUUCCUGAAGAAGGAUCUGGUGUACACCAAGGCCACGCCCACAUUUCACCACUGGAAAGUGGACAACAAGAAGUGUGGCUUGACGUUCCAGAGCCCGGCCGACGCACGUGCCUUCGACCGUGGGGUCAGGAAAGCCAUGGAGGAUCUGACGGAAGGUACGGGAGGGGAAGGCGAGGACUAUGAGGGCUGUGUCUCAAUGCUCUUGAAUGGAUCUACCACCUCUUCUUCGACCAUCCAGAACGAGGCCGAGUUGGGUGACGACGAUGUUUUCACUAAUGCCACCGACAGCUCGUCCAACUCCUCCCACUCCCAGAAGAAGGAGCCCCUGCAGCUGCAGACCCUGGCCCCGCCCAGCUUCUGCGAGCCGCGCCGCCACCACUGCAUCCUGGGCCACUUCUACGACCAGCACCGACCCUCGGACCACUACUUCCUGGAUCAGGUGGGUGGCUGGGGGACGACAGUGGCGAAGUCGGUUCCCAUGUUCCCACGCCACGUCAGCUUCCAGGUGGAGGAGGAGGAGAUCGUGCGCAUCAACCCUCGCGAGCGGACCUGGCUGACUGGGUACGAGGACUACCGGCACGCCACCGCCACGCGCGACAAGCUCACCCAGCACCCCGAGGACGCCUACGUGCACUUCGCCAAGAGCGAGCCGCCUAAGCACGACUACACCUACCCUUACCCCCUGGGCCUUGAUCCCCACCAGCAUGCAAGGGACCCCAAGAUAGGCUGCGUGGACCGACUAGGUGGGGGUGGACUUAUCGGGGGACACAGGGCGGUGGUCACAGCCCAGCCCCGCACUCUCCAGCUCAAGGGCAAGCGGCGGAAGGAGGACGGCGAGCGCUCGCGCUGCGUCUACUGCCGGGACAUGUUCAACCACGAGGAGAACAGGCGCGGGCGGUGCCAGGAGGCGCCGGACCCAAUCCAGACGUGCAUCCACCGGGUCAGCUUCAUGUGGUGCGCGGACAGCCUGCUCUACCACUGCAUGUCAGACCCGGAGGGCGACUACUCGGACCCGUGCUCGUGCGACACCAGCGAUGAGCGCUUCUGCCUGCGCUGGUUGGCCCUGGUUGGGCUGUCGCUGCUGGCCCCCUGCAUGUGCUGCUAUGCCCCCCUGCGCGCCUGCUACCGCUGCGGGGUGGCCUGCCACUGCUGCGGGGGCAAGCACAAAGCUGUGGGCUGAGUGCCAGGAGGGAGAGUAGAACAGAGACCCAUGGAAGGGACUGGACCGGAAGAGUGUGGCCCCGCUAUUCUUUUGUUUUGUGUUUUUAUUUUCGCUGUUGUGUCUCUCGGCCAAAUUCCAGGUGGGAAAACAAUUGGCUUGUCCCGAUUCUUUUCGAUUUGGAAAUUUCUCUCGGUGGAAAGAAAGAAAAAACACGUUUCCUUUAGUUUUUUUUAUAGGGGUACCCUGCCUACGGCUUCCACGUCCUUGCAUUACAAAGACUAAAACAAUGAAUAUUCAUAUAUAAAUAUUAUAUAAACAGGUACUUUAUAUUUUUACACUCAUGUUUAAAGGCUUGAAUAUUUUUACCAGUGUUUUGUGUGAGGUCAGUGUGAGCAUUGUUUUCUGAGGGGGGGCACUCACUUUGUUCCCCUCGCAUGGCUCACCACCAAUCACAGAUCAAGCUGGUUCCCGCCUGUAAAGCAGAGGCACUUAAGUCAAGGGUGUGUCCUUAAUGGUACCGUAUUGCUUAUAAAGUGCACUACUUUUGAUCAUAGCCCAAUGGGCCCUUGUCUAAUGUAGUGCAAUAUAUAGGUAAUAGAGUGCCAUGUGGGAUGCAGCCCAACUGUGAUCACGUCUGCCCCUCCCAGCCAAUGAAACAAAAGAAAAGGCAAACGUUUAACCAGUGUUUCCUCAUUCUGCACCUUGACUACUCCUGACCUAGCCUGUUCCCAGAUCAAUUAGACCUACUCCUGACCUAGCCUGUUCCCAGAUCAAUUAGACCUACUCCUGACCUAGCCUGUUCCCAGAUCAAUUAGACCUACUCCUGACCUAGCCUGUUCCCAGAUCAAUUAGACCUACUCCUGACCUAGCCUGUUCCCAGAUCAAUUAGACCUACUCCUGACCUAGCCUGUUCCCAGAUCAAUUAGACCUACUCCUGACCUAGCCUGUUCCCAGAUCAAUUAGACCUACUCCUGACCUAGCCUGUUCCCAGAUCAAUUAGACCUACUCCUGACCUAGCCUGUUCCCAGAUCAAUUAGACCUACUCCUGACCUAGCCUGUUCCCAGAUCAAUUAGACCUGGGGCCAGGCUACCCCUGGCUAUACAGAGUUUUUAAAACCAAAUUAAACCUAAUAUCAAUGAAUGUCAGUGGAGACACACUUGGAAAAAACCUGAAAGUACCAUUCUGCUGCUUGGUCAAAUUAGACUGACUGUAUUGUGGAUUCGACCCAGAACCAAAUCUAAAAUGGGUCAGGGGUACUUGAGUAUUGGAUGGGGAAACUCUGCUUUAGACACUUAAUCUGUAGGGUUGUGUGUGUCUAUGUGCAAAAGUCUGGAAAAUGGAAUGGGCAACAAUGUAUCCCUGAUUGCUAUUGUUGUGACUUCAACUAAAAGCCAAAAUGACAAAAUAAGCUGCAGCAUUUAUGUAGAGUAUCUAAAUUUGUCUUUUUUUUCUUUCUUUUUUUAAAGAUAAUAACCCUCAAUCAACCGUUUAUUACAGUGGAGGAGAACUCAAGCCUUAGGUAACUUUUUAUUCAGUUGAUGUUUGAUGAUAAUCUUUUGAUAUAGUUAUUUAUUUGCCUUGCUAAAUUUAGACACCAGCCUAGGGGGUUAUAAGAGGAAGGGAACAGUCCCAUUUGUAAACUAAACACAGCCAAGAGGGGAAGAGGAGAGAUUUUUGUCACCUUUUGAGAUGGAGGAUGACCUUGUCCACACUACAGUGUCAUUGGUGCUUUCUUAUCAUUGGUGCUUUCUUAUGUCUUUUUCCUUUUGUCUUUCAAAAGGAUACUCAACAAGGCUAACUGUCAGGGAAUCGCUAUCUAUAGAGUUUUGCUAAACUUUAGCUCGAGAGAAAGACACACCGCUUUGAUCUGGUUGUUCAUCGUUCCCCACAAGGG